GUUGCCCCACACGGCGGGGCGGGGCGGGGCAGGCGCUGCGCGGGGCCCGAAGCCGCCUGCAGGGGGCGCCCGCGAGCGGCGCGGCCGGAGCCCCAGCCCGAGCCCGAGCGGCCGCCGGGAGCAGCGGGAGCCGGCGCGCCAGCAGGAGCCUUGAGGAUGCCCGAAGCUGAGCCAGCCAUGACACUGUCGCCCGUGUCCCUGGAGUGCGCCUGGUCUGGGUUGACUGGGCGACGCCUGUGAAGAGCCCUGGACGAGUGGCACUGACAGGAAUGCUCCUGACCCUCCUGUGAGGAAAGGGCUCUGGGGCCUGGGCCCCUGCACCUGGGCUGGCCAGACAGCUGGGCUGCAGCUAUGCACCGUGAGCUGGCCUGGCCCGUGUCCCCGCUGAGCCUGCCCAUCCGUGGCCGUGCCCACCAUGGGCUCCUUGGCGUAUAUCACGGUGGAGCUGGCCAUCGCCGUGCUGGCUGUGCUGGGCAACGUGCUGGUGUGCUGGGCCGUGUGGCUCAACAGCAACCUGCAGAAUGUUACCAACUACUUCGUGGUGUCGCUGGCGGCGGCCGACAUCGCCGUGGGCGUGCUCGCCAUCCCCUUCGCCAUCACCAUCAGCACGGGGUUCUGCGCCGCCUGCCACGGCUGCCUCUUUAUCGCCUGCUUCGUCCUGGUCCUCACGCAGAGCUCCAUCUUCAGCCUCCUGGCCAUCGCCAUUGACCGCUACAUUGCCAUCCGCAUCCCGCUGCGGUACAACGGCCUGGUGACUGGCUCGCGGGCCAAGGGCAUCAUUGCCAUCUGCUGGGUGCUGUCCUUCGCCAUCGGCCUGACGCCCAUGCUGGGCUGGAACAACUGUAGGCAACCGCAGGAGGGCGGGAACCACUCGCGGGGCUGCGGGCCGGGCCAGGUGGCCUGUCUCUUCGAGGACGUGGUCCCCAUGGACUACAUGGUGUACUACAACUUCUUUGCCUGCGUCCUGCUGCCCCUGCUGCUCAUGCUGGGCAUCUACCUGCGCAUCUUCCUGGCAGCCCGGCGGCAGCUCAAGCAGAUGGAGGGCCAGCCCCUGCCCGGGGAACGCACUCGGUCCACGCUGCAGAAGGAAGUCCACGCUGCCAAGUCGCUGGCCAUCAUUGUGGGGCUCUUCGCCCUCUGCUGGCUGCCCCUGCACAUUGUCAACUGCUUCACCCUCUUCUGCCCCAAGUGUGGCCACGCCCCGCCCUGGCUCAUGUACCUGGCCAUCAUCCUCUCCCACACCAACUCUGUCGUGAACCCCUUUAUCUACGCCUACCGCAUCCGGGAGUUCCGUCAGACCUUCCGCAGGAUCAUCCGCAGCCAUGUCCUGAGGCGGCAGGAUCCCUUCAAGGCUGGGGGCACCAGCGCAAGGGCCCUGGCGGCCCAUGGCAGCGAGGGGGAGCAGGUUAGCCUCCGACUCAAUGGCCACCCCCCAGGGCUGUGGGCCAACGGUAGCGCCCCCCACCCUCAGCGGCGGCCCAAUGGCUGCACCCUGGGGCUGGUGAGUGGGGGCAGCACCCAGGCUGCCCACAGGGACAGCAGCCUCCCAGCCGCCCAGCUCCUCAGCCAUGGGAGCCACGGGGUCUACCCAGCAUCCCCUGGCCUGGAGGACCCCCUGGCCCAGGAUGGAGCAGGCGUUUCCUGAAAUCCAGAAUCUGCGCCUUCCUGGAGGAAGGGAACCUUGAUCUUUCUGGUUGGCUGGACCAGUUGCCACAGGAGAGGAAAAGCAUGAGUGAGCUGACAGACCCCUCAGGCGGGCUGGUUCCCACUUCAGACUGAGAGGAGGGAACCCCAGGCUGGGGCAGCAUGAAGCCCAACAGGAAAGGGGGUAGGCUCCAAGGAAGCAGAGGUGUUGUGCUGGGAAGCCCCUGGCUAGGGCCAGGGCCACAACACCAGCAAGGCCCAGCCAUCUACUCCCCCAAAGCAUCUGGGAGCCGCCUGUGUCCGCAGAAGGUGCGACCUAGCGUCCUGCCCUGGUCCUGAAGCUGGCAGUGGCUCCAGUUGCACCCUCCCCACCCAACACACGCAUCCCCCAGUUCUCCUAGACUCUACUAGGGUGUCAGAGCUGCUGGCCUGGAGGUGGCAUCUGCCUGUCACUUUUCCAGGAGAAAACGUUAAGCAUGAGGAAAUCCUUUUUAUCUGUCACCUUCUCCCCCCAGGCUGCCAGGUCUACGGCUGGUCCUGCUGCUAUCCUGGUACCAGACGUCUGCCCGGGCAAUUGCAGGCUGCUCUCCAGCCACCCUGAGCUGCCCUGCACGUCUUGGCUCCAGGGUCCCCUCCUGGGGUGACAAAGUUGGGCUGCAGGACAAGGGAGUUGUAACCGGGCCAACCAGGGCCACAGGCCCCAGGGGAAAGG